AUGUCUAAGUUCUGGACGUGGAAUGGUUCGAGAGACAGGAAGCACGAUCUCAACGGACUUCCAUCACUGCCUGCAGACUUCACCACCCGUGGCAUGGAGCACGGCCGAGGCCGAAGGGGCUCCAAGAUGACUCGGAAGCCGUUGCCAUUACAAUUCCAUCAGGGCGUUGAGCCUCAAUCAAGGAGCAGCAGUCGAUCGAACGACACUAUCGCACUUCACGAUGCCGCUAUCAAAUCAGCAACGAACCUGAUGGCUGUCAUGAGUGACUGUCUCAACAGUCCUCAGCUUAGUGCCCAUCUGCUGUCUGCACAGCAGCAUUCGGCCUGCCUGAAGCCAAUGUACGGUCGUCCUCGGUCCCGUACGGCACCUUCUACACCACUGGUCGAGGCGCCCUACAAAGAACCCGUGGAGCUCGAAGGGUCUACACCUAUAUGGACACAGUCUGCCACACGUCAGUCUCUGGACGCAUAUCGUGCUCAACAUAACACCACUAUCGGGCAGUCGAUCAUCCGCCCUCAUAGCAGUCCCCAGGAUAUCAGCUAUAAGCUGCCGGUGUAUCCCCCACACGGCUUCGAUCGAAAUACAAGCAAUCCUCAAUUACUCAAUGCGCCGCCGCAGACAUACGAACAUGUUCCGCCGCCCAAGACCAGGACGCCUUUGAAGAUGAAUCUGAGUGGCGAAACACUUGUGGCACCAGAUCUUGAGCGUCCGAAAGAUAGAAGAUGGAGCAUGGACCACAAAUCGGAGUGGCACAAUGAUUCGGAACACAUGUCGUGGUUCAACAUGGACCCUCACACUGGUGAGCGUCAACCUGCGGUCCAAGCACAGCGCACACGCAAGGACUCAAAGUUGGAGCCGCAAGGCCAAGCAUUGCAGUCUCAAGAUGGGUUGGAGCGCAUUGUCGCCAUGAGAGCUUCCCAUGAAGCGCACCUGACGUCUCUGAAGGCAGCGCACGACAACGAAAUCGCUUCUCACCUUGCCUACAUAAAACUGUUGGAGGCCCAACGUCAGACAUCGCAGGUCCCGCAGGCGCACAAUGACGGUGCCAAAAAGCAUUUGACUCUUGAUACGAACCGCCCUUCAGGUAGAAACAGCGGCACUGUCUAUUCAGACACGAGCGCCACGCCAUCGCUCAAGUCUUUCGAGCAGUCUCUGGAACACCAAAAACGAACCUCAUCUGAGAUGGCCGCAGAGAUGGAGGCUUUAAAGCGGAAGCUGAGUUUGUGCCGCAGAUCGCAAGCAGAUCUUGGCGAUGUGCGUGGCGAGCGUGAUGGCCUUCGUGACAUAGCUGCGAAGAAUGAUCGUCGCAUCGCACAACUCAAGGACAUCGUGCGGAAAGCCAAGGAAAAUGAGAAGAUCAUGAAAGCCCGCACGCAGCGCUUGGAAGCCAGCCUCACGGCAUCGAACAUGGAGCGAAUUGACGUUCUCCAAGGCUUCUACGAAGCGUGCGAGCAAGUGGAUAAGCUGAGAGGACGUGAGCGGGUCCUUGUCAAAGAGCGCAACGUUCUCAGGUGCGAGCAGAGCACGAUUCCAGAAGACUCUGGUCAAGAUCUUCGUGGACGCGGUGAUACCUUCAUUGGGACCGAGGCAGACACAGCACUUUGGUGCCGAUACACGCCCGGAGACGAGAGCGACCUGCAGGAAUUGAUUCAACUUCGACAGCUAGUAGCAGAGAAGGACGCUCAUAUCUUGCGACUGGAGGCAAAAUCGACUACCGAGCACUACAAUCUGCCGGCACGUGAUAGUGUCGAAGCGCUCGUCAGAAGAUAUGAGCAGCAAACGACAGCUUUGAAGGCGGAGUGCGACCAGUACAAUACACUUCUACACCUCGAACUCCGAAGACAGGCCCGAUCCACAUCAUACAGGACAGAAGCAGUGACGCCACAAAUCGAGCAUGAAGCCGCCACUGUUCUCGCACGUAAGCUGGACCUCGCGACACAAGAGACCAGUGGAGAAGGACCGAUGAAGGAAGACAACAGCGCUAAGAUGAAACAGCUCGAGCAGGAACUGCAGCAUUGCUACCAAGAAAUCAUCAUGUACAAGCUGGAUGUUCGCGGAUACAAGAAGGACUUGAAGAUCAUGCAGACCGACAACGACGCCCUGCGCUCACGGUCCGAUGUGACUGUUAGUAGCAAGAUGUGCGGCUGUGGCCGCAGGAACGACAGUGCCCCGGCAGGAAACAUCGCCAGGCACGACAACCUCGAUCACUCAGCAGGUCUGGGAAUAUUGCAUGCCGGCCCGCCAGGGACACCUCCCUCCACUGUCGCCUCUCUGACUGCAUCUGCGCUAUUGACCGCCUCAAUGACCCCGACUCCUGCUCCUAACAUGGCAAGUCCUCUCAGACCUAUCACACCUCUCGGCAAGCAUAAAAAGCUCCCAAAGCCUCCUCCGCAAUCGAGAACCCCAAGUCCGAACACUGGAUCAGUGCAAAGGGUGAGCAAUUUACAGCGCCAGGAGACGCUGCGAUCGUUGUCUGAGUCGAUCAUAUCGUCGUACGCGAAGCGAGGUACUCCGGAGCAGGAGACUGAGGUUAUACCACCACUACCGACAAGCCGUGGCAGGAGAUCUGCGCCGCCUCCGUGGAGGACGCCAACGUAUGCUGAUCGUGUGAUGGGAGGUCAUGAAGCUACAGCGAUGUCUGUGACGAAGAUAUCAGGAGAGGUGUUGAGAACUCCUACCAUGGGUCUUGCUGGGGCGGGGAAUUGA